CGCUUUAUUUGUUCAUAUUAGAAUAGAAUUAGUUCAGUCACCCAAAUCACAUUAUUGAUUCAUGAUCUAUGAUCAAUAGAAUGAAAAUUGUUUUCAUUCUAUUUCAUGUAACUAAUCCGCUAGAUAACUAGUUCAAUUGGCAAAUUAACGAAUAGUUUGAUAUGACUGAUUGAACCAAUUACCAUGUCAUACGGAAUAAAUCAGAUAUAUAUACAUAUAUAAGUGUGUGUUCAUAGUUUAGCUAACUGGAUAAUUCAAGUAGAAUGUAUCACAUUUUAACGAUAGUUUUGGAAGUGUUCAUUCUCACUGCCUCAUGUGUAUUGUGUUUGGAUAAUGGAAUGGCAACACUACCACCAAUGGGUUGGAUGACAUGGCAACGAUUUCGAUGUCAAAUUGAUUGUCACAACUACCCAGAUGAUUGUAUUAGUGAAAAGUUGAUUAAACGUACUGCUAACAGACUAGUAUUAGAUGGUUGGAGAGAUUUAGGUUAUCGUUAUGUAAUAAUAGAUGAUUGUUGGCCAGAAUGGAAACGGGAUUCGAAGACAAAUGAAAUAGUUGCAGAUUAUAAACGAUUUCCCAAUGGCAUUAAAAGUGUUGGACAAUACUUACAUUCUAAACAUCUACUAUUUGGCAUAUAUCUCGAUUAUGGAACUCAAACAUGUGAAGGUUAUCCAGGAAGUAUGAAUUAUUUGGAGGUGGAUGCCGAUAGUGUGGCUAAGUGGGAAGCAGAUUAUGUGAAGAUGGAUGGAUGUAACAGUCCGCAAGAAAGUAUGCCAGAGGGCUAUGGAAAGUUUUCCAGAUUAUUGAAUGCAACUGGCAGACCAAUAGUGUUCUCAUGCAGUUAUCCUGCUUACAUUCCUUGGAUGAAAAAUACUAGUUUGAUUGACUGGAAGAAACUGAAGAACAAUUGUAACUUGUGGCGUAUGCUGGGCGACGUUCAAGAUAGUUGGUCAUCGGUUAUCAGUAUUAUAAACGCAUAUAAACUCCAAAAUGAUGUGUUACCGAAGUUGGCUGGUCCAGGACAUUGGAAUGAUCCUGAUAUGUUGUUGAUGGGAAACUUCGGUCUUUCAGAUGAUCAGAAACGAGUUCAAAUGGGUAUGUGGUGUAUGUUUGCUGCUCCACUAUUGAUCUCAGCUGACAUGGAAAAGUUAGAUAAUUUCAGUGUAUCUCUGUUACGUAAUGCACGUUUAUUGGCUAUAGAUCAGGAUAAAGGUGGACAUCAGGCGGAAUUCAUCAGAUCACGAAAUGAUGUACAGAUGUGGAUGAGACAAUUAGAUGGAGAUCCAAUUGGUUGGGCAAUCGCUUUUCUUUACACAACUGAUGGUGGUGGACCAAUUCACUUUUACACAAGUCUUGGUGAAUUCAAAUCACGAUCGUAUAGGAUAUCUGGAGAUCAGUUUGAAUUAUUGGAUGUGUUCAAUGGUGAUAAAUUGAAAGUGAUUCAACGAAGAGAGAAGUUUAUGAUUUCCAUCAAUCCAAAUGGGAUAAUGAUGUAUCGAGUUAAACGUAUUCAAUUAGAGACUGUUUCUGAAGAAAUUGAUGGACCGUUUCAGACAUUGUUAUCGCCUUAAGAAAUCCACUUCAUUGCUUCAAUAUCAUAUAAACUGAACAGUUCUUAAUUGAGAUAACUAUUUUAAUACAUGGUGUUUUAGAAGUCAAUCCAUUCGGUCACUUAUCCCAUUAGUGUGAUGUGAUUUUAUUUCGGUUGAAGCACUUGCUACGAUGCAAAAUACUAUCGAUAUUUUAGUAAUGUUGUGAAGUAAUCCCUGAAAUUAUUGGAAGUAGUCAGUGACGCACGGAUUUAUUGAUUGAUCUUACAUGAAUGAAAAUGAUAAUGAGCCAGUAGUAUAUGAAUGAACGAAAACCUGAUGUUAUAUUCGAUGAGUAGUGAAUUCAAUGAGACCACUAUUGAUAAACGUAUUCUUGCUCAUCUCAUCAAGUGUUCUUUUGUUCAUGACUUCUUUUUUGUUUUUAAGUUUAUUCAGACGUGAGGUACUGCUCCAUGUCGACCUCUCCUUUAAAAUGUUAAGGAAUACUAAGUGACUGGAUUUCAGUCAAUAUUAUACCGCGGUGUAUUCUGUCUACUGUUUUAGGUACAUAGAGUGAAUAUAUAUUGAGUUGUAUGGUUAGUUACAUUGAGAACACAUGACUUUGUAGCACAAAUUUGAAGAGUUGUUCAACAUAACUUUGUGUUGUGAAAAGAAUCCAUGUAGCGUCACCUUAUUUUAAACAGAGGUUAAAUCAUAUGUGUUGAUUUGGACUCUUCUUAGUGUUAGUCAUAGUCGGUAUUCGUAACCGCUUAUUUAUAUAUCGGUUGUGAAAUGAUCGGAUAUGAAAAAACUUUCAUUAACUCGAAUGUUUCUCCAAGACUAUCUUGAUAUGAAAUUCUGAUUAUAUUUUGAAAUUACUGUAUUGGCACAAACAAAACUGACUUCAUCUUGUUUUCAACAAUUAUCAGUGAUGACCAACUUUGUUUGCCCAAUCAGUAAAUAAAUGUAGUGAAUGUUGAAACUACUUGAAUGAAGUAUGUAGGUUCGUGGGUUGUUGUUGCUAUCUACGUCACAGAAGUGUCAUUUCACUCAU